UACACCCACUACCACACCCACUGCUACACCCACUGCUACACCCACUACCACACCCACUGCCACACCCACUGCUACACCCACUACCACACCCACUGCUACACCCACUGCUACAUCCACUGCUACACCCACUGCCACACCCACUGCCACACCCACUGCUACACCCACUGCUACACCCACUGCUACACCCACUACCACACCCACUGCUACACCCACUGCCACACCCACUGCCACACCCACUGCUACACCCACUGCUACACUGACAAUAACUGCUGGUCUGCUUCACGAAGAAACUUGGACCUGCUGCCCCAAAAUACAACCAAGACCAAUGGGAUCCAAACCAACACACCAACCCCUCUGAACACACUGAUGAGCAUUAGUUUGAGCAGCGCAUACUUGAGUUUGAUUGACAGCAGUAAGUCCCUCCUCCUAGCUCUGAUCGGUCAUUUCUUACCUAGCGAUGUAUUUGUGUAAAGAUAGCUGGAUCAUUUUCAGACUAUCUGGCGCCACCUGGCGGCAGUUUCACCAAAUAUGGAAAAAACUUUUUCAUGACUGUUCGGUACUGCAGCUUUAAGGCAGAACUAAACGAUCAGGUGAUCAUAGACGGAGGAGUUGGAAUUCCCAACCUGCACCUGAAUGCACCGCCCUCCCCAGCCUGCUCUCUCUCUCCUCGCUCCGCUCUUUAUUCUCCCUGGUACCGACCCGACCCAGACCAGACCGAUCCCAGGUGUGGACCGUACCAGAUGCUGGCCGGCAUUCCUCCUGCUGCUGCUAAUGAUGAUGAUGAUGAUGAUGGGAGCCCUGAUCUUCUGCUGUGUCUCCCAGGUCAGCAGGGGGGCGUGUCCACAUGUUGCCAUGGAAACAGCAUACAGGUGUGAUUCUUAAUUCCUGUUGCCGCCUCCUCCUCUUCCUCCUCCUCUUCCUCCCAAAGAGCCCAAAGUUUGCGUUCCGGACGCUCCGGACGCCCCGGACGUUCCGGACGUUCCGGACGCUCCGGACGCUCCGGACGCUCCGGACGUUCCGGACGCUCCGGACGCUCCGGACGUUCCGGACGUUCCGGACGUUCCGGACCCCGGACGUUCCGGACGCUCCGGACGCUCCGGACGUUCCGGACGCCCCGGACGUUCUGGACGUUCUGGACGUUCCGGACGCUCCGGACGCUCCGGACGUUCCGGACGCUCCGGACGUUCCGGACGCUCCAGAUGCUCACCUUGAAUUCCCAGGGCUCAUCUUCAUGCUGGUCUCGUUGUCAUCGCUGGUGCUCCUGACGAUGCUGAGCCGACGCGCCUGCAGAACCAGAACCAGACAGAACGGGCCGAACCAGGGAGGAAGCAACCCGCAGGAACCGACAUCAGCCCGGCUCUAACCGGACCGUCUCCAUGGUAAUCAGAGGACCAACCGAGCUGUACAUGUCCAACCAGAACCAGAACCAGGACUGGAUCCUCAUGCAGCUGGGAGGCUUAAAGUUCUUAAAAUCAUAUUUAUACAAACUGAACAAGGAUUUGACCAGAAAAUUAAACAUCAAUGAACUAAAACCGUUUUUGAGGUUCUGUUUGGUUCUGAUCCAGCAGCAGCUUUACGGGUCAGGAAGCAAAGCAGUUUGUUUCUGUGUGUGUGUACCAAGCUUUCAUGUCCUUGUGGGGACAUUUCUUGGUCCCCAUGAUGGGAAAUAGUGUUUUGGGUCGGGGGUCGGGGGUCGGGCUCAGAUGUUCAGGAUUUCUGGUUAGACUGUAGAAAUGAAUGGAAGUUCCCACAAACGUAGGAAAACAGGGCUGUGUGUGUGGGACGGUGAGGUUUCGUCUCACUCGUUUAUUUG